CGUGAGUAGAAAAUAUCUUUAAAUAUAUAUAGCGGUGUUACUACUCGUAGUUUUUAAACACGGACGGAGACAAGCAAAUAGUAAGAACAAGAACAAGGCCUGCUUUGUGCUUUUGGCCUUAAGCUUAGGGGAAACCGCGUAUUGAAAGAAAGAGACACAGCCAAGGGCUUCUUCUUCUUCUUCUUCUUCUUCUUCUUCUUCGGAUAACGUGUUAAGGGAACACUCUUGUUAUAACCGCCUACCGUUUCUCCUGCAAAACAGAGCUUGAUUCUCAAUACACCAUUCUUUCUUCUCCUUUCGAAGCACUGCCAAAUAAAAAUGGAGUGGCCUGCGUGUACGGACGAAUACGAAAAGCUCAUAAUUCGGAUGAACACUCCCAGGGUUGUCAUUGACAAUUCCGUUUUCUCCUCAGCUACGCUAGUCAAGGUUGACAGCGCCAGAAGGCAUGGUAUUCUAUUGGAUGCUGUAGAAGUGCUAGCUGACCUGAACCUUUCAAUUAAGAAAGCGUAUAUUUCUGCUGAUGGCAAGUGGUUCAUGGAUGUUUUUCAUGUCACCGAUCAAAAUGGAAACAAGAUAAUCGACGAGAGUGUUUUAAAAUAUAUUGAACAGUCACUUGGGAACAUUCACUAUGGAAGAACCAACCUCUCUAACGGUCUCACUGCGUUGGAAUUAACAGGAACUGACCGAGUUGGUCUUUUAUCGGAAGUGUUUGCUGUACUGGCUGAUCUUCAAUGUGAUGUGGUUGAGUCUAAGGUUUGGACACACAAUGGCCGUAUUGCCUCCUUAAUCUAUGUAAAAGAUUCUAGUUCUGGGUCUGCUAUUGAGGACUCUCAGAAAAUUAAUAAGAUUGAAUUGCGCUUAAGAAAUGUUUUGAAGGGAGACAAUGACAUUAGAAGUGCAAAAAUUUCUUUCUCUAUGGCCGUGAUGCACACUGAAAGAAGGCUACAUCAGUUGAUGUUUGUUGACCGUGAUUAUGAAAGGGCUCCUAUUCUUAAAUUGACUUCCGAUAACGCAUCGGUGACAGUCCAGAAUUGGGAAGGAAGGGGUUAUUCAGUCGUGAAUGUUCAGUGCAAAGAUCGAACCAAGCUAUUAUUUGACAUUGUAUGCAAUUUGACAGACAUGGAAUAUGUUGUAUUCCAUGCAACUAUUAACACUGAUGGUGACCGAGCUUACUUGGAAUUUUAUAUAAGACACAAGGAUGGGACUCCAAUUAGUUCAGAACCAGAACGUCAACGUGUAAUUCAAUGCUUAAAAGCUGCUGUAGAGAGAAGGGCAUCUGAGGGUGUUCGAUUAGAGUUAUGCACAGAAGACAGGCAGGGGCUUCUAGCAGAAGUGGUGAGAACAUUCCGAGAGAAUGGGCUCAAUGUGACCAGGGCUGAGAUAUCUACCAUAGGGAAUAUGGCUAAAAAUAUAUUCUAUGUAACGGAUGCGAUUGGAAAUCCAGCUGAUUCCAAAAUUAUCGAAUCUGUUAGGCAGAAAAUUGGGUUAAGCAAUUUAGAGGUGAAGGAGUUGCCAUUGAUAAAUCAUCAGGAGGCAGAGAGAGAGGAUCAAGCGGUUGGAAUGGGUGGGGCAGUGUUGUUGUCCAUUGGGAGCCUUGUGAGAAGGAAUCUGUACCAUUUGGGACUAAUCAAAUCCUGUUCUUAAAUCAGAGGGUAGAGCACAAGAAUUUAGGAGUGAGUUUGUUCUAUGUAUGCAACAUGUGUAGCAUAAUAUUCUUUGCUUCAGAUUUGGGCUUUGUGUACAUAAAAAGUUUAAAGGUGGAAUUUGGUGAUAGUUGUUGUUCUAGUUGGUUGGGUUGGGUUGGGUAGGUGGAAAACGGAUAGUUAGAUGCACAGCUGUAGCAGAUUGGGGUGCCCCAUCAUUUUAAAUGCUCCUUUGAAUCGGAACAGAUUUUGGUUAUUGCAGAAAGAUGUUCACGUCGGUGGGAAGGUUGUGAGAUUAAAUAGUAUGGAAUUGGAUUCUUGUUGGCAGAGGCACAAGUGUUUAGGUAAAGACAGAACAAAUUGGGUUCAUUGUUCGUUUAGCACUUAGCUCAUGUGUACAUAUCCACUUUCUCCCAUGUUUAUCAAUAUCAAUUUUUUAUUUCAACUCUCC